AAAGCGAACCAGAACGCCCAGCGCGAAGCAUACAUUCCGAGUCGAGUCGAGAAUAACGAGUGAGUGAAAACGAAAGCAAGAUGAAAGUGUAUCUGUGCUGUGCGCUGGUAAUGUUGGCCAUUGUGGCCCUCGAAGCAUCACCCGUCGAGAGUGAGACAGCGUUUGUGGAUCCUUCGCUCGUACCGCAGGCCUUUAAUCCGGAGGAUGCGGAAGUCGCGUACGUUGAGGGUGCCGACAGUGAGGCGAUCCGCGAGAAGCGAGGGGGUCAUGGAUACGGCAGAGGUUACGGUGGUUAUGGCGGAUACCGUGGAGGAUAUGGCGGGUAUGGUGGCUACGGAUACGGAGCUGGAUACGGAGGUGGUUUCGGAGGAUAUCAUGGCGGUUAUGGACGCCGGCACGGUUAUGGUGGAUAUGGCGGAGGGUAUGGCCGAGGAUUUGGUUUCUACUGAACCGGCAGCCGGCACGGAAUGUGAGGAGGAGAGCUCAAACAAAUAAUUGCAGCAUGUGAUCAAAGAAAUAAUAAAAAACAAGUGUGAUUCGAAAUAGCAUA